AUGGAGCGCGGGGCCGCCAGCGCGGGGCAGCCGGCGGAGAAACGGGCCAACACACCCACUGGGGCUCCCCCGUCCCCCGCGUGUGGCGGGCGGGAGGGCUCCUGGGAGGCGGCGGCGUGGGCGGGCGAGGGGCGCGGGCUGCGGGCGGUGUACGUACUGAACGAGGGGGCGGGGGCGGGGCCGGGGGCGGGGGCGCUGCCCUGUGUGCUGCGGGCCUGCCGGGCCCAGGGCGCGCGUCUCCGCACCGUCCGCUUCGGGGACCUCGACUACGGACACGCCGCUGUACUGGACGCCGUCUACGACGCAGACGUGGCCGUGGUGGACAUGAGUGAUAUCUCCAGGCAGCCGUCGCUCUUCUACCACCUUGGGGUCCGGGAGAGCUUCGACAUGGCCAAUAACAUCAUCCUCUACCACGACACCGAUGCCGAGACCGCCCUGACUCUGAAGGAUAUGGUCACUCAAAAGAACACAGCCUCCAGUGGGAACUACUACUUCAUCCCUUACGUGGUGGCACCGGGCGUGGACUAUUUCUGCUGUGAGAGCAGUGCCCAGCGCAGAGCCUCAGAGUACAUGCAGCCCAACUGGGACAACAUCCUGGGCCCGUUGUGCGUCCCCUUGACGGACAGACUCAUCAGCCUCCUCAAGGACAUCCACGUCACGUCAUGCACGUAUUACAAGGAGACGUUGUUGAAUGACAUCAGGAAGGCCAGAGACAAAUACCAGGGAGACGAAUUGGCCAAGGAACUGGCCAGGAUCAAGCUCCGUAUGGAUAAUACCGAAGUCCUGACACCAGACAUAGUCAUAAACCUCCUUCUGUCGUACCGUGAUAUUCAGGACUACGACGCUAUGGUAAAGCUGGUGGAGACCCUGGAAAUGCUGCCUACGUGUGAUCUGGCUGACCAACAUAAUAUUAAAUUCCACUACGCGUUUGCCCUGAACAGGAGGAACGGAACUGGCGACCGGGAGAAGGCGCUGCAGGUGAUGCUGCAGGUGCUGCAGGCCUGCGACCAUCCUGCCCCGGACAUGUUCUGCUUGUGCGGCCGGAUCUACAAGGACAUGUUCCUCGACUCGGACUGCGAGGACAACGAGAGCCGAGACAGGGCCAUCCAGUGGUACCGGCAGGGAUUUGAGCUGCAGUCGUCUCUCUAUUCCGGAAUCAAUCUGGCGAUCUUGCUGAUCGUGGCCGGCCAACAAUUUGAAACCUCUGUGGAACUGAGAAAAAUAGGUGUCCGGCUGAACAGUUUAUUGGGAAGGAAAGGCAGCUUGGAAAAAAUGAAUAACUACUGGGAUGUCGGACAGUUCUUCAACGUGAGCAUGUUGGCCAAUGACGUUGGCAAGGCGGUACAAGCGGCGGAGAGGCUCUUUAAGUUGAAACCUCCAGUUUGGUACCUCCGCUCUCUCGUCCAGAACCUGUUAUUAAUUCAGCGCUUCAGGAAACUGGUCGUAGAACACUCGUCCAGGCAAGAAAGGCUUAAUUUCUGGCUAGACAUCAUCUUUGAAGCAACUAAAGAAAUCCCCAAUGGACUCAGGUUUCCAGUUCUCAUCAUAGAGCCGACGAAAGUCUACCAGCCAUCUUACAUUUCUAUCAACAAGGAGGUGGAAGAGAGGACUGUCUCUCUGUGGCACGUCUCCCCUACUGAAACGACGCAGAUUCAUGAAUGGAAUUUCACAGCUUGUUCCAUUAGGGGAAUAAGCAUCUCCAAGUUUGACGAACGAUGUUGCUUUCUUUAUGUCCACAACAACUCUGAUGACUUCCAGAUAUAUUUUUCUACGGAACAUCAGUGUAGUAGGUUUUGUUCUUUGGUCAAGGAGAUUCUGAGUGAUGCUGCGGGCAGCUCGGUGGAGUUAGAAGGAGAGGUCGAUGGUGAUAAUUUGGAGUACGAGUACGACUACGACGAGAACGGAGAGAGAGUGAUCCUGGGCAAGGGCACCUACGGUGUGGUGUAUGCCGGGAGGGAUCUGAGCAACCAGGUGCGCAUAGCCAUCAAGGAAAUCCCUGAGAGAGACAGCCGGUAUUCUCAGCCGCUCCACGAAGAGAUUGCCCUGCAUAAGUACCUGAAGCACCGCAACAUCGUGCGGUACCUCGGCUCCGUGUCCGAAGAUGGCUACAUUAAAAUCUUUAUGGAGCAAGUGCCCGGAGGAAGUCUUUCUGCUCUUUUGAGAUCGAAAUGGGGCCCGAUGAAGGAGCCCACAAUAAAGUUUUAUACCAAGCAGAUAUUGGAGGGCCUCAAAUACCUCCACGAGAAUCAGAUAGUUCACAGAGACAUCAAGGGUGAUAACGUGCUGGUGAACACCUACAGUGGAGUGGUCAAGAUCUCCGACUUUGGCACGUCUAAGCGACUGGCGGGCGUGAAUCCCUGUACCGAGACAUUCACUGGCACUCUGCAGUAUAUGGCCCCUGAGAUUAUCGAUAAAGGACCUCGCGGUUACGGUGCCCCCGCUGACAUCUGGUCCCUGGGCUGCACCAUCAUCGAAAUGGCAACAGGCAAGCCCCCGUUUCACGAGCUCGGGGAACCCCAAGCGGCCAUGUUUAAGGUGGGGAUGUUUAAAAUCCAUCCGGAGAUCCCGGAGCCGCUGGCGGCCGAAGCCAAGGCCUUUAUCCUGCUCUGCUUCGAACCGGACCCCGGGCGCCGCGUCACUGCCGCCGACUUGCUCCGAGACCCCUUCCUCAAGCAGGUGAACAAGGGCAAGAAGAGCCGGGUGGCGUUCAAGCCGACAGACUACUCGCGCAGCACAUCCCUCCCGCUGCCCACCCAGGGAGAACAGGCCGGCAGCAGCAGCAGCAGCGAGCACGGCUCCGUCUCCCCGGACUGCGACCUGCAGCACGACAUCUUCUUUGAGAAGACAAGGCGCUCCGUCUCGGAGGUUAAAGCUAAGCAUCACCUCUCCCAUCUGCUGAGUGCUCCGGACGAGAGCUUGGCCUCCGAGGACCGCGGCGCUUCUCCGCCCACGGAAGACCGAGACUCGGGCCUCUUCAUGCUCCGAAAAGACAGCGAGCGCCGGGCCAUUCUCUACAAGAUCCUCAGAGAGGAGCAGGACAAAGUGGCCGCCAACCUCCAGGAGUGCGUGGCCCAGAGUGCUGAAGAACUGCAUCUUUCCGUGGCCCACAUCAAGCAGAUAAUCGGCAUUUUAAGAGAUUUCAUUCACUCCCCUGAGCACAGAGUUAUGGCCUCUACUAUAUCGAAACUGAAAGUAGAUCUGGACUUUGACACCACUUCCAUCAAUCAGAUUCACCUGGUUUUGUUUGGAUUUCAGGAUGCGGUGAACAGAGUGUUGAGGAAUCACUUAAUCAGGCCUCACUGGAUGUUUGCAAUGGACAACAUCAUCCGGCGGGCCGUGCAGGCGGCUAUCACCAUCCUCAUGCCAGAGCUCCAAGGGCACUUUGAGCCCGCUUCUGAGACCGAAGGGGCAGAUAAAGAUGCGGACGAAGCGGAGGAUGAGCCGCCCAGGGGUCGGGAUGGAAAUGAAGAGCCCGCGGUCAUUGCCGGGGGCGGCUCCUUCAGUUCCGCAGGGGCUCAGGAGUCACAGCAGCAGCUGAGUCUCCAACUGGACCAACUUAAAAAGGAGACAAACAGGCUUUUGGAAAACCUAGUUCAAAAAGAAAAAGAGUACCAGACCCUCUUACGACAGACAAUAGACCAGAAAAAUCAAGAAUUAUAUCUCUUGCAGUUCCACUCUAAUUCGACUGAUGUCCUAAGGACCCAAAUACCUCCUUUAUCUCACUGCCAAAAAGAGGAGAGCGAGCUCGUAGACUGGUUGGCCAGGCAAGGAGCCGACACCGCUACAAUUGAGAAGAUUGUAGAAGAGGGUUACACGCUUAAUGACGUUCUUAACGACGUCACUAAAGAAGAUCUGAGAUACCUUAGACUUCGAGGUGGUCUCCUCUGCAGAAUUUGGAGUGCAGUCUUAAGAUACAGAAAUGGAUCUACUGUGCCAUCGGGAAUGGAAGGUUAGGUUUCUAGAUCACAGUAGCGAAUGACUAAGAAACAUUCCACGUUUUUAUAAUUACACUUUUUGUAAUUUUGUAUAUCUUUUUCUGCUACUUUUGCACAAGGGGAAAUGGGAAAAGUGUAUUUUCCUAUACUCUGACUACUGUUACUGUCUGUGAAUCUAUAGAAAGGAUUGCCAGCCUUAAAAGGAACACUUAUAGAAAAACACCCUUGAUUUUACAAAGGUAAAUGUACGAAAUGGAUGUAGCCAUUAUAGAGUUCCUGUGAUUUUGUUUUAAAUGUAAAUUAGAUACUCAUCUGUUGUAGUUUUUGCACUGGAAAUGGAAGCAGAAGUCUCUUUGAGGAAUUGCAGUCUGCUUUAAAAAAUUAUAGAAUUAUUCUAAUAAACACUAUGGCCAUUGUAAAAACGUGUUUAACUAUUCCAUCAAAUGACAUUAAAUUAUCUAGUACUAAUUUAAGA